CUGUCUUAGUGCAGAUUUGAGAUCGUGUGCAAUCAGCUGAUGCUGCUUCAGCGAUAAACAUUGAUAAAUAUGAAAAAUAGUCCAAGUGGAUAAAACGUGCUUUUGUGUCUAAAGAAUUUCAUGGGGAAAAUAUAGUUAACCGGUACUAUCGCUAUGGUCGAAGCAACUGGAUGUGGUGAGUUGCAGCAGUUGGUUCAGGAGGAAGAAUGCGAGGAACCACUCAGUAAUGGAAGAGAAGCCACUCCUCCUUCAACACCAGCGAGAUCUCAUCGUCCAAGUAAAACUGAAGCACAAAACUCCAAUGUAUCGCAACAAGUAUUAUGGGAAAGCAACACACAAAUAUCACCAAUUAUUAGCAAAGGUAGCUCUGGCCAAGCAACCAGUCAAGGUUCCAUGGUUUCUGGUCGAGCUGCCAAUACUUCAAGUCACACUUGCAACCAAUCUCGAUUGACGUAUCUGAACGAAAAAGAGAAACAAAGGCCUAAUCGGCCAGAUCCACCGAGAAUUGUCCGACAGCACAAAGCUAUGGUGCCAUGCAAACACCAUUGCUUUUUGUCAGAGGUGCCUGAUGUUCGUCAUAUGGAGCAAGCUUUGCUGCAAUUAUUGGAAGAUUUUCACAGCGGUAAUUUACGAGCGUUUGGAAAGGAUUGCAGCAUGGAACAAAUGACGGAAAUACGAGAGCAGCAAGAGCGUUUGGCUAGGCUGCACUUUGAGCUAGGUCAGCGGCAGGAGGUAGCUGGAGACCAGUCAGGCCUUCGGCAAUCCAGCGCCAAUAUGCGACAUUUGCUUCAACGUCUCCAGCAAUUGAGUUUCUGCAUAGAGAAAUUACAUAGCAAAUAAUUGUCGCGCAAUACAUCAUAUAUUGUUACAAGUUCUUAUAAUGGUACUUGCAUUUAUGACUAUAUAAUAUUUAUACAGUUAUAGUUUUUUGUUUUUCAUAAAAAAUAUACCGAUUAUGCGAAUAUAUAAUGUGUAAAAUAUAUAUUUUACAUUGCCCUACCUCGAGUUGUU